CAGUGGCGAAUAAAUCUGGAGCAGCGCCACCACCAAAGAUCCCUUCCCUCCUCCGGACUCCACUCCUGCGACUCCGCCCGCGCACGCACGCAGUUGGUGCGUCCUUUCUCUCGUCUCCAUCUCCACCUCCUGCUUCUCCUUCACCCCAAAGGCACCAGCCAGUGGCGCCAGCGGCAGGCAGGAGCAGGAGGAGGCGGCUUCACGAACCCAAGAAUCUUUCAUGCCACACAGGCUCGGAGAAAAAAUCGUGACUUGAUCUUCACAAAAGUGAGCAGCGGCAAGAGGAGGGGCCAUGUCUUUAGUGGUGCUGGGAUUGGGGCUUCUUGGCGUGCGAUCAUGAGGUCUCGGAGGUCGGAAGAGAGGAUCCAGAGGUGAGGGAACGAACCCGGCCGGCCCGGUUGGAGAGGGAGGAAGGAGGAAGAAGAUGAGCUUCAACAAGAGCAGGGGAGCGGCGGCGCUGGGCGGAGGCGACGAGCUGGUGCUGAGGGGCACCAUCUCCAAGAAAUGGACCUUCCUGCUCUGCCUCGGCAGCUUCUGCAUCGGCCUCAUCUUCACCAACAGGAUGUGGACAAUGCCAGAACCAAAAGAGAUCAUAAGAAGGUCGGCCCUAGAAGUGAACAAGAUGAACCUUGUGUCCGGUGACUGUGCUCAGAGCAGUAUUGCGGAGCAAAAAGAUAUAAUUGGAGAGGUCCCAAGAACUCAGGAUGCUAUACAGGCACUGGACAAAACAAUAUCAAACUUAGAAAUGGAGUUAGCAUCGGCAAAGGCCUCACAGGAGGAGUCUGAGCUCAAUGGUGCGCCACAAUCUGAAUCUACGGGGAAACGACGGUACUUCAUGGUCAUUGGCAUCAACACCGCAUUCAGCAGCCGGAAACGGAGAGAUUCAGUUCGUGCGACGUGGAUGCCUCAAGGUGAGAGAAGAAGGAAGCUCGAGGAAGAAAAGGGAAUUAUCAUUCGGUUCGUCAUCGGUCAUAGUGCAUCAUCUGGUGGGAUACUUGAUAGAGCUAUUGAUGCAGAAGAUAGGAAACAUGGUGACUUCAUGAGAUUGGAUCAUGUUGAAGGGUAUCUUGAAUUGGCUGCAAAGACAAAAUCAUUUUUCGUGACAGCCUUAUCCACGUGGGAUGCAGAGUACUACAUUAAAGUGGAUGAUGAUGUACAUGUAAAUAUAGCAACUCUUGGUAACAUAUUGGCUAAGCAUCGAUCGAAGCCUCGAGCAUACAUUGGUUGCAUGAAAUCUGGUCCAGUCUUGGCUCAGAAGGGUGUAAGAUACCAUGAACCCGAGUACUGGAAAUUCGGCGAAUGGGGGAACAAGUACUUCCGUCAUGCAACCGGUCAGUUGUAUGCAAUCUCCAAGGAUCUGGCUUCUUACAUAUCAAUCAACCAGCAUGUCCUCCACAAAUACGCUAAUGAGGAUGUGUCAUUAGGAGCAUGGUUCAUCGGUCUAGAUGUCGAACACGUCGAUGAUCGCAGGCUUUGCUGCGGUACACAACCAGAUUGCGAAUGGAAGGCACAGGCAGGCAAUGUAUGCGCUGCGUCGUUCGACUGGAGCUGCAGCGGCAUCUGCAAAUCAGCGGAUCGGAUGAAGGAGGUCCAUCAACGGUGUGGGGAGAACGGCAGCGCCAUCUGGAAUGCAAAGUUCUGAACUGAAUAAUGAUGCCAAAAAUUACUUUGAAUUCUUGAAACAGGCAGCACACACAUAUAUAUAUAUAUAGAUACAGACACAGCUCGUGAUUCAACAGAAUGUGAGUAACCAUCUGAGCGAGAGGAAUCCCUGAAGAUGACGAAUGGCAGAACAGUCAAUUUGUGGCAGGUUCAGAGAUCAUUUCAAGAGCAUGGGAUGACUGUACAGCCAAUUGUUCAAGCUACCAGAAGGAUGGAUUCGUCUUCUGCAUUUCUUUUCUUGUUUCCUCUUAUUUUCUUGGUUUUUCUCAGUAGGUAUUGUAUUGUUUUAGGGGAUCUUUUCUGUUUUGUUGUUGAGAAGAUCCCCACAGAUUAGCCAUAAAGAUGGAGAAGGUGUUGAAGAAAAGAGGGAAAGGAGAGGGAGAUCGAGAGGGGUCUCCCCCCACCAUUCUUGGAAAGAUGAUCAUCAGUGUUCUGAUUAAUUUCUCUCAAAUAACAUAAUAAGAAGCUCUUCUUCUCUCAGGGUGUUAUCUCCUUUUCCUUUCAGCAGUAACUCUUCCGAUGUAUAUAUUCAACUUCAUAACACACUUUGUCCAAAUC